UGUGUUUCUACUAACACUAAUUCAUGUUAGUGUUUCUUUUGUUUUCCUUUUUUAAUAUUUAAAUAGAGUUUAAUUGAUUAAUAUUAGCGAAUUGUUUCCAUUGUUUUUUUUCUCUUUCGUGUCUUCAAUCAAUUUUAUUGUGUUGACUGUGUUAUUCCAAUAUAUAUAAUGUCAAAUAAAGAUCUUCUCUCUGCUGCUCUUGAUGAAUGUGGUCUCAAUCUAAAUAAUGGUGGAGCGAAAAAAAAUGUGGUUUUCUUUUUCUGUAAACCUCAGGCUAAUCCACCAAUAGCUCGUUCACUUCUUGUUCGUCCAAUUAAAGUUCCCGUUAAACGUUUAGAAGCAAUAUCAACCUCUUCAUCACCAUCAUUACCGGCACCAAUAUCAUUAAGGUUUCCAGUAGCACAACCACAAUCAUCUCCACAACAACAACAACCACAACAACAACAACAACAACAAAUAAUACAAUUGCAACAGCAAAAGCAGCAACAACCACAAAUAAUAUUUAAAACUCAACCUCAACCUCAACAGUUACAGCAAUUGAGACAACCUCCACAACCACAGAUUAUAUAUAAACAACAGCCUGUAAUUAAACCUCCAUUACCAAAAUUACCAGUAACCAAACCACCACCAAAACCUCAGAUCUUAGAUAUUCCUGAUGAAGAUGCUGGAGAGGAAAUUUUCCAAGCAGAUACUUAUGCCAACUACAUGCCAUCUAAAUUGAAAGUUGGCUGUCGACAUCCUGAUCCUGUUGUAGAAACAAGCUCUCUUUCUAGUGUCCUUCCUCCAAAUGUUUGGUAUCGAUUAGCUAUCCCUGAGGAUAUAAUUGACGAAGGAAAACUUUCAGCUCUGCAAUUAGAGGCAAUAGUUUAUGCUUGUCAACAACAUGAAACAAUUUUACCCGAUGGGUGCCGAGCAGGGUUUCUAAUUGGUGAUGGUGCCGGUGUGGGUAAAGGUAGAACCGUUGCCGGUAUCAUUUAUGAAAAUUAUCUUCUUGGUAGGAAGAAAGCAAUAUGGUUAAGUGUUUCAAAUGACCUGAAAUAUGAUUCCGAGAGAGAUCUCAGAGACAUUGGAGCCAAAAAAAUUCAGGUUCAUCCUCUUAAUAAGUUUAAAUAUGGUAAAAUAACCUCCAAGGAAAAUGGUGGUAUCAAGAAAGGAGUCAUUUUUGCAACAUAUUCAUCAUUAAUUAGUGAAAGUCAUUCGUCAAGUAAUAAAUAUCGAACCAGGCUGAAGCAACUCCUCCACUGGUGUGGUGACGAUUUUGAUGGAGUUAUCAUUUUUGAUGAGUGUCAUAAAGCCAAGAAUCUUUGUCCAUCUUCUGGUACAUCAAAAGCAACCAAAACGGGUCUAACUGUAUUAGAACUUCAACGUCAACUUCCAAAAGCACGAAUAGUCUAUGCCAGUGCCACGGGUGCUACCGAACCAAGAGACAUGGCUUACAUGACGAGACUUGGUUUAUGGGGAAAAGGAACAUCUUUCCCAGAAUUUAAUGAUUUUAUCACUACAGUUGAGAAACGUGGUGUCGGAGCAAUGGAAUUAGUAGCUAUUGAUAUGAAAUUGCGAGGGAUGUACAUUGCCAGGCAAUUAAGUUUCGCUGGUGUUCAUUUCAGGGUUGAAGAAAUACCUUUAUCUAGAAAAUUUAUUCGACUUUACGAUCAAUGUGUUGACCUUUGGGUUGAUGCAAGAUUAAAGUUUGAAAAAGCUUUAGAAUUGAUGGAAGGAGAGUCAAACAUUAAGAAAGCGGUUUGGGCUCAAUUUUGGGCAUCACACCAGCGCUUUUUCAAAUACCUUUGUAUCGCCUCUAAGGUUAAAUAUGCAACCGUUUUGAGUCGCGAAGCUUUAAAAGACGAAAAAAGUGUCGUCAUUGGUUUACAAUCUACUGGUGAAGCGAAAACUUUGGAGACACUUGAAGAAAAUGGUGGAGAGUUGAAUGAUUUUGUAUCCACAGCUAAAGCUGUUUUCCAAUCACUCAUCGAUAAACAUUUUCCAGCUCCUAAUCGAAAGAAAACUCUUCGUCUAUUGGGCUUGGAUUCUUCAUCUUCAUCUUUUCUUGCUGAUUUGGGAAUUAAAAUUCAGCAACGAGGAAGUGAACAAAUUCUGAUUAGUGAACCUGUCGAGGCAGGUAGUUCUAAAAAAGAUUCGAAGUCAAAAGUCAAGCGAUUCAAGCGUGACUCUAAGAAAACUGAUCUCGGUGGAUUUGGAUUAAGUGAUUGUGAUUCUAGUGAUAGUGAUGAUAGUGAUGAUUUUCUUGAGGUUAAAUCAAAUGAUUCUGAUAGUGAUGAUUUCUCUGAUAUUGAACCUUGGGAUCUUUGGCAGCAAAAUAAACUCAAAGAAGAGGGUAAAGUGAAACGUGAAAAAAAGCAAAGAGUUAAAAGUAAUCAAAACAAUCAAAAGAGACCCAAGAGAAAACUUAAAAUAUCAAAAAAAUUUGAAGGAUUCAAAGGUGAAUUCAUGUCAGAACAAGCCGGUCAAAUUUGUGAAGAGAUGAGAGACGAAUUAUUACAAAAUUUAGAAAUUCUUGGUGAAGUUUUACCUCCCAAUACAUUAGACGAGCUGAUUGAAGAGCUCGGUGGUAUCGAUAAUGUUGCCGAAAUGACUGGUCGAAAAGGUCGAGUUAUAUCUAGUGAAGAUGGUUCAAUUCAAUAUGAAUCACGAACAGAAAAUGAUGUUCCCCUUGAGAUUCUCAAUUUAACCGAGAAACAAAGAUUCAUGGAUGGUGAGAAAAGAAUCGCCAUCAUCUCAGAAGCAGCUUCUUCGGGUAUCUCUUUACAUUCCGAUAGACGAGCGAAAAACAAAGCAAGAAGAGUUCAUAUUACCAUUGAAUUACCUUGGAGUGCUGAUAGAGCGAUUCAACAGUUUGGUCGAACCCAUCGAUCUAAUCAAGUAAAUGCUCCUGAAUAUGUUUUCCUAAUCUCAGAUCUUGCUGGUGAACAAAGAUUUGCAUCUAUUGUUGCCAAAAGAUUGGAAAGUUUAGGAGCAUUGACUCAUGGAGAUAGAAGGGCAACCGAUGCUCGUGAUUUCAGUAAAUAUAACAUAGACAAUAAGUAUGGUCGUCAAGCACUCGAACAAACCAUGAAAUCAAUCGUUGGUUUGAUGGCACCAAUUGUCCCUCCACCACCCGGUUAUUCAUCUAAUUUCUUUGCAGAUUGUAAGAAAGGUUUAAUUGGUGUUGGUAUGGUGGUUUAUGAUUCCGCUACUCGACAAUAUACUCUCGAUAAAGAUUAUCAGGUUAUUGCCAAAUUCCUGAACCGUAUCUUGGGAUUACACGUUGAACUUCAAAAUGCACUUUUCCAAUAUUUCAGUGACACACUUGAUGCUGUUGUUAAACAGGCAAAGAAACUUGGGCGUUAUGAUCUGGGAAUUAUGGACUUGACUUCUGAAAUUGGUAAAGUUGACAUCCUUGAACACAAAAGCUUCAUCCGUAAACACUCAACCGGUGCUGCUAAAAUUGAGCUUCACGUUGUUAAAGUUGAAAGAGGAAUGUCUUGGGAGGAAGCUCACUCUCUAUGGAAACAUUGUAAAUCGGCUGAUGAAGGAUUUUAUGUUACUCACGCUGAGCAUAUGAUUCGCAAAGGAGUUUUAUUAGCAGUUGCUGAUACAAGUACCAGAGUUUUUGAUAAACAAAUCUUUCGUAUUUACAAACCUAAUGUUGGUCUUCAAUCAAAAACCGAGACUAUAAGUAGUCUUAAGGAAAGAGGUACUAAGAUAACGGUCGAAGAGGCGGAAAAAAUGUGGACCGAUAUUUUCGAGGCCGCUGAGAAGACUUGUGGCCAUGCUCUUUGGUAUGGUAACUGUCGACGAAUCUCAGCCAAACUCACAUGUGAUGUUGGUCUUCGCCAAAGAAUUUACCACAUUCUCAGUGGUUCUGUACUCACGAUCUGGUCAACCAUUGAAAAAGCCGUUCCCCAUGUUCAAUCUAGACUUCAAAUUAUUCGUUUAAAAACGAAAGAUGGACUUCGAGUGAUAGGUACUCUUAUCCCUCCAUCUCAUGUUGACGCUCUACUUGAUGUUCUGUCUCCCGAUGAGUAAAUUAUCUGUAGAAUCAGAUAACGAGCAAGGAUGUUUUUUCUGUAAACCCGAUGAAAACUGUUUUCUUUUCCCUUCCAUCUCUAUUAUAAAUAUCUCUCUCUCUAUCUCUCUUUCUCAUUUGAUCUGUGAUAUCAUUAAUCUGCACCAACCUCAAGCUAGUUCGACUCGACACUGAAACUGGUGGAAACAAUCAUUUGAAAAGUGUUCUAAGAAAAAGUAAAAAGGUCUACCUUGGUUUAUCAUGUGUUUUUGUUAAAUAAACUUUGUAAUUUCUUUUUGA